UUGUGAGUCCAACAAAAAAUAAAUAAAUAAAUUCAAAAAAAUUCAUCAAGUCCGAACUUCCUGAAUGCGUCAACAGCGAACCACGGAUAAGUUAUAUCGCUCGCACGCAGCUAUGAUAAUAACGUGUUAUAACAUAAUAUCUCAGUUCGCCUACUUGCCGCCGGACUAAUUGCUCACAUUUCAGACUAAAUUCAUAACGAUUGCAGUGAAUACAACGUACUAUCGAAUAACAUGGAAACUGUGGUGUUCUUUUUGAUAAUCACUUCGUUUUUCUGCGCGAUUAAUUGUCGCAUAUCGCGGAGCAGUGAAGCGCAAUGCCUUAGUUAUUACAACAACGAAGAGAACUUUGAUUUGGAUACGUUAUCGGGACAAAUGUACGCGGUCUAUUACUGGCCCCCGAAUCAGAGAACGAGGAACGCCUGCGAAGUACAAACCUUCAAGAAACUCGAUACAUACGAAAUAGAAACCGCUAGGAACGGCUGCUCGAACCUCAGCCUCCCUUCAGAGGAGCCGGUCAUCAGGGCCACGUACAAGAACAGCACCGGCAAAAUCGUGAACGUCUUGUACUAUGGGAGCGAUUCGGUGAAGAACUUCUACAGGUCCUGCGACAAGGACGUCGCUAAGUACAUAUUCACCAGGGUCAACGAGGAUUACAUUCUGGGCAUCAAUUGCUCGUCGGAGGGGCGCAGCGUGCUGUUGUCCAAGCUCUUAGGCUCGCUGUCGACUGUCAAAAGGAUCGUGGACGGUAUAGAUAUUAUGACCGGAAGAGAGGGAAGCCCGGAUUGUGUGCUCGAACAUUAAUACCGGAUCAAUGUCGAAUGCUAUCUGUUUUAUUUCCGUGAUUAUUUAUAUCGAGUGGCUAUUCGGUUUAAGCGACAUUCCGUUUAUUACGCGACAUUUAUCUUUGUAAUUAAAGGUACGUUUUAUUUGAUACUAGCUACCCGCUCUCGCUUCGCUUCGGAAACUGUAAUUUAUUAUUGAUUUCUCUUUUAUUUAAUGGAUGUUUUUAUACAUAUAAACCUUCCUCUUAAAUCACUCUAUCUAUUAAAAAAAAUCGCGUCAAAAUCCGUUGCGUAGUUUUAAAGAUUUAAGCAUACAUAGGGACAGACAGAUAUAGGGGCAGAGAAAGCGACUUUGUUUUAUACUAUGUAUAGAUUAACAUCAACAGUUCGAUGUUUUUAAUUGAACUUCAAUUGAGUUUGCUCCAUUAGAAUAGCUAAAGAAGGUUCUUUUUUUUUGAUGAUAUUUUUUCCAAAUUUUAAACUUUAAAUGGCUCUCCCGUAAAGUUGUAAAAAUGUCGCUUAAACCAAAAACCCUUUCACUCGUCGAAUAUAAUUCCAAUAAGCUUACGUCAGCUCAGUUGAUCAAUAUGUGAAUAAACAUUUUUGUAAUCGCAAAAGCAAUACAGUAUUUUGGUUGUUUUUUUUUUGGUCACGGUACGAUUUUAUCCGAAAUCUUCAAUAUUGUUUCAGUUACAUUUCACUUAAUAUUUUUAAUUAGGUAUAAUUAGGUAUGUACUAUGUAUAAAUAUUGUAUUUUAAUUUGAAUAAUUAGCUAUAAGUAAUAAUUAGCUGUAAGUUUAAUUUAUAGUUUCAUUUGUAUUUUUUUUUAAUAAUGUUUCUAAUAUAUUCCUUUUAAAAUUGUAAUUUUGUAAUUCGUUGAAAUAAAAUAAAAGUUUAAAAUUCAUUGAAACCUUAAGCGAUAUUAAUUAUAAUAUUUUAAUUAAUGACAUUAGUGUGUAAUAGAAGGUAUGUGGUUUUUUUAACUAUUAAAUAAAUCUUAAAUAAAUUAUAUCGAAAUACGAAA